AAUUCUGAACGGGAGAAAGCGGUGUUGACAGCAACUAGAAGAGGGCCCAAGUCAGCGAGUUCAAAACCAAAGUGGGCUGCCGCGUUUGCUCUGGCAGGGAUUGGGUUCCAGCAAAUGUGGGAAGUCAGUCGUACGCUGGGGAUCAAGCCGAUCGGAAAGAGUACGUACCGCCAAUACAUGCAGGGCUCGACAGGAUUGUGGGGUGUGGUGGAGAGCCAAGCUACCCGUUCCAUGGAGAUGGCACGUGCGGCCAUGCUCCCGGAUGCAGACGGAGGUGUGUGGAUCGCGGUGGAUGGUAGAUGGUCGCACCCUAGAGAGGCAAAUUGGUGCACGAUUUCUUUCUUACACCCUGCUACUAGAAAGGUUAUCCAUGAAGUCACGGUGAACAGGUAUUGGGGGAACUGAAGCAGGUGUCAUCGAGAGGGGGAUGGGUGACAAUCGUCGGCCUUUGGUAGACUUGUAGUGGAGCGAAAUAGAAGAGUCUUAUGCCUUCGACCCCCCAUUUUUGAGCGGUGCUACUCCUGAUGCCAAUGCCGAGUUUGUCCAUCUCACUGCUGCGACUCUUUUGGAUGAGGUGGAGACGGACAGUGUACCCGCUGCAGUUGACGGGCAGCAAGGCGAGGGCAGAAUAGAGGCCGAGCCAGCAUCAACUACAGAGCAAACUCGAGGUCGGGGGAUGCAAAAACCGGUAUGGGUGGAGAGGCGGUCAGUAAAGAGGCAGAAAGGAGGGCAACGCAAGGCAGCGGAUGGGGUGGAGGCCGCGGAUGUGCCAGAGGAUGCGGAUGAGACGUUUGUGGAUGAGGUUACUAUUGCACAGCGGUUCAGUGUUCACUUUCACCAUGUUAUGCUCCGGUGUGCAGUUGCUAGACGAGAGGGUAGAGUUAUGACCGGCGGAGGUUUCUGCUGAGAUCAUUGGCUGUGCGGAUCAUUGGGCUGGUGUACACGACUAGUGUCACUCGCACGGGCGGGCGCCCAGGUGUAGGACGGAGAAUUGGGGCACGCAGAAUGCGAUCUAUGCUUGUAACUCAAACACCCACAUCCAGUUCAAGAAAUGGUUAGAAAAGGUGUGCAGUCCAGCAGUCAUGGAGUCCUAUGUGCACGGUGCAAGCAAUUGGUGCAAUGAGUCGUUCCAUUCGUUGAUUAUCAAAUAUGCACCAAAGCGUGUGCAUUAUGGCCGUAGCAUGCAGGCAAGGGUAGCACUGGCCGUAUUGCAUUGGAACCACACGGUCGACCGGGUUGUCAAGGCGCUCAAGAUCAGAAAUAGACGAAUCACGCGCGUAAGGAGAGGGAGGCAGGAGCGUGUGCUAGGGCCCAUGGUAUGGACUUGGCUGGAUGCCAUUGUGGAGGAGUGGCAUGACUCCAACCGUCCUCCGACGGCGAGUCCACCACACCCGCGGGACAGUCCGCCUGCUCCCCACACCCCUUUUGCCCCGACGGUGUGUCCCAACACUGGUGCAUCUCCAGCCACCCCGGUGGCCGGCAGGUUUGCCUUCACGUCCCCAGCUAGGGGUGCACCUGGGGGAGAUGCAGUGGCCCGCACACGGUAACGUGCGCCCCAGUCACACACCCCCGCCUGCCGCACGCCGGAUAUUCCGUACGUGGCUCGUUAACGGCACAAGUCCUGCUCUUGUGAUUUGGAAGGUGCGGCGUGGACACGUGCGCCAACUUUUCAUCUCCCUUGUACCCCAAAACAGGAGAGGAUACCGACACAAACUGACGAGUCUAGCGUAGACAGCGCAUUACGCAGGCCAUUCCGCCGGCCAAGACGCCUCCCUACUUGGUUCGACGACUACAUUGUUAUGGAUGACAACAAUGUUGACAACUCAGCAGGCCGGAAGAGAGAGAAGUCGCUACAGCAGGUAGAGGGACAAUGCCUCCGCACCCACCCGUGGCACGUCGUGGUUGUUGCGGAUGCACCGGCCUGUUUGGGCAUGUUGCUAAGGCUUUCUCUUGACAGCUUGCUUCUUGUUGUAAGGUAUGUGCAUGCGAAUUGGUAUAAAAUGUACACCACAGGGGUGGGAGAGUAGUUUCCUGCACAAAGCCCGCAGAUCCACUCCCCUUUUUCUGGCUGACCCCACUUCAUACCCUCUUCCCCUGGAGGCCCCGACGCAUUCCCAGCAAUCAGAAGGGGAGAAGUUGGGUUUCAGGGGAGCUGGAGUGGCGGUGGUGGCUACCUUUGGGGGGCAGGAGCAGGCAAUUUUGCAACAGGACGGGCUGAUGGCACUGCAUACCACAAAGUGGCCCCGGCAUCAGAAGCAGCAGCGGUAGUGGCAGCAACCACGGUUGAGGCAGCGGUGGCUGCACCCAGAUCCGGGCAGAGGGACAUGCUGCUGACCGCAGAUCCUUGGACCCGGUGUUGAAAGGGUGUGGGACUGGAGUGGCACUGAUGUGGGUCUGGAGUUGGGCGGGUGGCGAGAGGUUUCACAGCCCUGUUUCCGAACAGAGUGCGGUGCAAAUGCCGCACACUCUGUGUUGGGGCGUAGAAGCGGAGGACCAGGGGGAAUGGGGCUUAAUUUAGCGGCGGUCUGACCCCAUCGAUAUUGAUGCUUGUCCUUAUACCGUAAUCCCCCGUAUAUAACACCCUAUGGUGUAUAUAAAAAUUCACUAAAAAAAUGACUGGGUG